AUAAUCAAGAGUCUCUACCGAUGUGGAUGACUAAGACGAGCAUCCUGCUGAUCACGGUCUUGUUUCGCAAAGUGUACCGGGAUUGGUGGAUCGGGGCUCCCAUAUAGUUGUUGAUGAGAGGUAAACCUAACAGCCAACCUCAAUAUCAGAUUUUUAGACGCCGCGACAAGCCCACACUCGCUUCAAGAUAUUUUACCGCACUCGUUAUAAUGAACACGGAGACCAGUUUGGCUGGAACAACAGUUCUUUCGGAUGUCCCAGCGCCCGAUCUUGACCACCAAGAAGAAAUCCUGAGCCGACAGCAGAGGCUCGACGAUGUUCAAAUUGGGUUCCUGAGACUCUAUCGCGAUGCUACUUGGGGCGACAUUGCUAUUCUGGCAGCGAGUGCUCUGCUGGCAAUUGCUGGCGGGGCAAUCCUGCCUGUUAUGACGGUGGUUUUUGGCAGUCUGGCGGGCAAGCUGAACGACUUUACUCAACACUUCCAUCAUCAUGACACCUAUGUCGGGAACAUUAUUCAGGACAUUCGUCUCGUUCUGAAAUUCCGACGCGAUCUGUCAAGCUUGACGCUGGACUUUGUCUAUUUGGGCCUCGGAGAGUUCUUUGCCAUAUUCCUUUGCACGUUUGGCUUUGCCCUUGUGGGUGACAGAAUCUCCCAAAGAGUCAGACAAAAGUAUCUCAAGGCCGCGCUGAGUCAAAACAUGGCUUUCUUUAAUAACCUUGGAACUGGCGAGUUGACCACACGGAUCACCAAUGACACGAAUCUCAUCCAGGACGCCAUUUCCCAAAAGGUCGCAAACACGAUUACUGCACUGUCAACAUUCGUUGCAGCUUUCAUAGUUGUACUGAAUGUUGCAUGGAAAUUGGGCCUGGUCUCCUUGUCUUCAGUGGUUGCAAUGACACUGGUCAUGGCGACGAUGUCCAGAUUCAUGCUCAAAUACACUAGGAAGUCGAUACAGUCCUUCUCCCUAGGAAGCACUAUUGCUGAAGAGGCUAUCAGCGCCAUCCGAGUGACAGUGGCAUCUGGCGCUCAAGAGCAGCUUGCCAGCCGUUACAGAAAUUACAUUCGUGAUGCAAAGCGUGCUGGCACAAUGGCCAAAACGUUUCUCGGUAUAUCCAUUGCCGGUAUGGCCUGCAUCAUCAUGUUGAAUUAUGGCUUGAACUUUUGGGUUGGCUCUAUCUUCCUUGUGCAUGGCGAGAUUAGUCUGAAUAAGAUUGUCACUGUGAUCUAUGCAACAAUCAUCGGAGCGUUUUCCUUGGGAUUUCUGGCCCCAAACCUGCAGGCCUUUGCUUCUGGGGUUGCAGCUGCGACAAAGUUGUAUGCCAUCACUGAUCGCCAAUCACCUCUCGACUCAUUCUCUCCCGAUGGGCGACAGCUGCUGGUCAAGCCUGACGAGUGGACGGUCGACUUCCACGGCGUCAAGCUGGUCUACCCUUCCAGAGCAAAUGUGACCGUCCUGGAGAAUUUCAGCUUGCAUAUUCCGGCUGGAAAGACGACGGCGCUGGUAGGCCCAUCAGGGAGUGGCAAGUCCAGUAUUGUCAACCUGCUCGAGCGUUUCUAUCCCCAAGUACACGGCCAGAUCUUGGUGGCAGGUCACGACAUACAACAAUUGAACAUAGGGUGGCUCCGUCAGCACAUUUCACUGGUGGACCAGGAUCCGGUCCUGUUCGACACGACCAUCGAGAACAACAUCUUAUAUGGCUUGCAAGGCUCCAGGCUCGACAAUCUGUCCCAGCCGGAGAAGUAUGGUCUCAUGAUGGAUGCCGCUACAAAAGCAAAUGCACUUGAAUUCAUCCGAAAUCUUCCAGCUGGGUUCCAGACACGUGCCGGCGAGAGAGGCUCUCUACUAUCUGGAGGUCAAAGACAAAGAAUAGCGAUUGCCAGAGCCAUUAUCCGUGACCCGGGAAUCUUGAUCCUAGAUGAGGCGACGUCUGCUUUGGACACCAACUCGGAGGCAUUAGUCCAGGAUGCCCUGAGCAAAGCAGCGCAAGGCAGGACUACAAUCGUUAUCGCUCACAGGCUUUCGACCAUCAGAGAUGCGGAUAAUAUCGUGGUCAUAGCGAACGGCAAGAUCGUUGAGCAAGGCACGCAUGGAAAUCUCAUCAAGAGACGAAGCAGUUACUUCAGUCUGGUGGAAGCUCAACAAAUUAGGCAAGAUCUGGACGAGAAGACUGAUAUUCCUGCUCCUCCUGAUUAUCCAGACAUUGAGAAAGACGACCGAGUAGCUGCGCAGCAGCAGAUUCCCAAAAAAGACGGUGUCCUGCUUCCAGCAAGCAUUGAGUCAUAUCGUGCCCCCGAAGGACCGAGGACAAACAAAAAGGCCCCCGGCACCACUCAGCUGAUCCCAUUUAUCCUCAAGUUUAACAGAGACGACAAAUUGUGGAUGACAAUUGGCCUCUUAAUGAGCAUAUUUGGAGGAAGUGGCACACCAACUUCAGCCAUCUUCUUUGCCGAGUGCAUUAGGGCCAUGUCCAAACCUCCUCGGCUCUACCAUGAACUCAGACAUGAUGUCAACUUCUGGGCGGCCAUGUACUUGUGGCUUGGGAUCUUUCUAUUUAUCGUCAAUGUUUGCAGGGACCGGGCGUUUGCAAAGUGCUCGGAGAGAAUGCUCUUUCGGGUACGUGACACUGCAUUCAGGACAAUCAUGCGACAGGAGAUCUCAUUCUUUGAGUCCAAGACUACCGGGGCCCUGAUAUCAUUUCUUGCCACGGAAACCACAAACAUAGCCGGCCUCAGCGGGCCGAUUUUGGGGACAAUCUUGUCCAUGUCAACCUGUAUCUUUGCCGCCAUCAUCCUGUCCAUCAUUUUCAGCUGGAAGCUUGGCUUGGUGUGCACAGCAACCGUGCCAUUUCUCCUGGCCUCAGGGUUUCUGCGCUUCUACAUGCUCAGCUACGCGGAAACCAAGUCCAAAGCGGCGUACGAGCAAUCAGCAAGUUUCGCCUGUGAAGCGCUCUCUUCGAUACGAACUGUCGCAUCUCUCGGACGGGAACAAAGCAUUCUCGAUGAUUAUACCCUGCAGUUGACCGCCCAAAGCCAUACAGCUCUCAAGACGAUCCUGUACUCCGCCAUGCUAUACGCUGCCUCGCAAGCGCUUCCCUUCUUCUGUAUAGCCUUGGGCUUCUGGUACGGUGGCACUCUGAUCAGCAAGGGCGAUAUCAGUUUGUUCCAGUUCUUUGUAUGUUUCACCGAGGUCAUCUUCAGUGCUCAGACUGCAGGCUACAUGUUCGCAUCGACGCCAGACGUGGCCAAGGCUCGCACUGCGGCUGCGUCUCUGAAGGAGAUAUGUGACCGUAACCCGUCCAUCGAUACAUGGUCUAGUAAGGGUCUUCCCGUUCAAAAUGCGACGGGGACCAUCGAAUUCCAGGACGUAUCAUUCUGCUACCCGGGACAGAGCCACUACGUCUUGCGAGGCAUCAAUAUCAAAAUCAUGCCGGGCCAAUAUGUCGCGCUCGUCGGGGCCAGUGGAAGCGGAAAAUCGACCUGCAUUUCUCUUCUAGAGAGGUUCUACGACUGUUCUACUGGACGUGUUCUCGUUGACGGCAAGGACAUCCGAUCUUUGAAUAUCAACCAGUAUCGCUCUCACGUCGCACUUGUCAGCCAAGAACCGAUCCUCUAUCAUGGCACCAUCCGCGAAAACAUUCUCUUGGGAGCAAGCAGCGAAACCUCAGAGCAAGCUCUCUACCAGGCCUGCCGGGAUGCCAACAUAUUCGACUUCAUCAUCUCUCUUCCUGACGGGUUUGACACAAUGGUGGGCACAAAGGGAGUCUUGCUCUCUGGCGGACAGAAGCAGAGAAUCUCCAUCGCACGAGCCUUGAUGAGAAAUCCCUCGAUUCUACUUUUGGAUGAAGCAACCUCAGCUCUUGACUCGGAGUCGGAGAAGAUGGUCCAAGCUGCCCUGAAUCAGGCGUCCCAGGGACGUACCACCAUCGCCAUAGCCCAUCGACUGAGCACCAUUCAGAACGCCGAUCACAUCUACGUGCUUGAGAAUGGCGCAAUUGCCGAGCAAGGCACUCACAAAUCACUAAUGGACGCAGGAGGCCGCUAUGCUGAAUUGGUAAGCCUGCAGAGGCUCGGUACCUCGUAGGUAUCUAUGCUAUUGGUGUGCUUUUCAGAUAGAUCUACCACUUUCUAGGUUCUUGAACCAGAUACCCACCACUCACAAACUACACUUCAAGCAGC